AUGAGCGUCCCAAUUUGCAGCAACUAUUUGCACAAUGUUUACCUAGAAUUUAGCUUGUUUAACAAUUUUUUAAAAGAUUUAAAUCAAAAAAUAAAAAGUGGCAAUAACGAAAGGUACACGCCUAUAUAUGACAGUUGUAUUGAAAAUGCAUAUAACAUACAAAAUAAAUUUCAUGCAUGGAACAGUGAAGAAGAAGAUAUUGAUGAAAAGUUCAUAGAAUACUUUUCUCAAAACUUUAUUAUAAAUAUUAAAACAUUUUUAAGGACCAACUUCUGCUGCAUAGAUGAAAAUUUGGAGAAUUUAAAAAGUAGAAAUAAAAAAUUAAUUGAGAAAUUAAAAGUGGACUUGGAGAAUGCGGAAAACCAGGAAAAUUAUAUAUACGAAUUGGAAAAGAACUUAAAAUGCGAAAAAGAAAAAAAUAGAAACGCACAUAAUUUACAGGAUAAAAUUAACAACCUUGUAAAUCAAAAUGAAAAACUUAAGAACAAAAACGAACAAUUGGAGAUGUCCUCAUGGAAACAGCAAGAAGAAAACAGUAAAAUAAAAGUUGAGCUGAAGAAAUUUUUGUCUCUCAAGGAAAAAAAAAAAUAUAUUGAUAACGGUAAAAGAUCUUAUAACAGAUUAAACAAAAGCAUGAGUACGCUAUUUAAACGAAUUAAUAACAACAUACGGAGAGGAAAGAAAAAUAAAUUGAUGUUGGAAAAAAGUAGGAGCUACAGUGCCAGCUUUUUGCAUACGCUCAAAAGUAUAAUGCUUGAGGAGGAGGAUCUCGUUGGUGAAAAAAAUCGACAUACUGGAGAAUAUGGGGAUGAAGCGGAAAAUUGCGCUCAAAAAAAUGAUAUACAGAAAAAUUGUGCGCAACAAAAUGGCAUACUGCACAGUUGUGCCCCGAAAAACGGUGCCCUACAAAAUGGAGCACUGCAAAAUGGAGGACUACAAAAUAACGCACCGCAAAGUGGGGAACUACAAAAUGACGUUACAACGAGUGACCACUUUGGCCACGACACCAGUGAAGAUAUAAAGAAGAGAAAAAAACAAAUUCGUCGGGAUCACCAUGCGCAUCGUAUCACUCACGAAAUAGUUAGCAAUAUGAUCAAUUCAAGCAAUUUUUUUUUUAGAGGAGACAAAAGAGGAAUAUGUAGAAAUGAAUUAAAUUGCUACAAUUUUGACGAAAAGGAUGAUUUUAACAUUAAAGGUCAAAGAGAAAAGAUCUACACAAAUAUAGAAUCUAUAAAUGAUGAAAAUACAAAAGGGAAAUGUUAUAAAUGGGACAAAUUCGCCAAAAAUAGCUGCAUGCUGAAAAGAAAUUUCACUCAUAGUAAUUACUGCACCGACGGAGAGAAUACCUUGUCUUGUUGCAGUAACACUUUACUUAUUAAUAUAAGAAAAGCUCUAAGUAAUAAAUGA